CUCCCCUCAUUCAAGUUCACGCGCUCGGCAAAGUAUCCCUCGCCGUCUCAUUCUCGUCUCUCACAAGGUCGCCAAGGUCUCCUUCUUCUUCUUCUUCCACAUGCCCUUCUUGGUUCUGCGACUGCCCUUCUCAGCCUGUCAUCUUGAUUCCUGAACUCUUAAUUUCUUCUUUCAUAUGCUCAGAUCUGAUUAGAUAUCUUAUGGGCCGACCAGAAACUCUCCAUCAGUUGAAGAACGUUCGAUCUGAUCGAGAAAAUGGCGCCCAUCGUUACUCUCCGGAUUCCGAUGUGUCCCGUGGCGAUUACCGACGACGUCGUAGCCCUAGCUAUGAAAGUUAUGAUCGAUACAAUCGCCGUCGAUCUGUCUCGCCUGACUACCCGGAUGUUAGACGGAGCCCUAGGGUUGAUGGAGACCAAAACGGUCUGCCCAAGAGAUUUGGGCGUGCCGGAGGGAGGGCGUAUCUGGAUAGGAAUGGGAGAGCGUCUGACGAGUCGGAUUCGGAUGAGGAGUUGAAGGGGUUGAAUUAUGAGGAGUAUCGGAGGCUGAAGAGGCAGAAGCUCCGGAAGACAUUGAAGCAUUGUAUUUGGAGAGUCACCCCUAGCCCACCUAGGAAUGGGAAUGAAGAAUAUGAGGAGAAAGAUGAUGAGAUUUUGGAAAAAUAUGGUGACGACGACGGUGGAGAUAAAAGUGGAUUGAACGAGAAAAAGCAACAUGAAGAAAAAUAUGCAUCUGAUCAAACUAAGAAUUCCGAUUCGGACUCUGAUUCUGAAUUGUCUGAUACAAAAUUGAAAAGGGGGAAAUCGAAGAGUUCAGGUUCCAAGCGUAGAAGUAGAAAAUCGUCUCUUAGUGAUUCAGAGUCUGGCAGUGAUACCGAGAGCGAAGGUGAAGGUGAAUCAGAGGAAGAAAGUCGGAGGAGAAGAAAGAAAUCGACGAGUAGGAGGAACAGAAAACAUAAGAAUAUCAAGAGUAGUAAGAAGAAGAAGAGUAGGUACAGUGAUACAGAGGACAGUGAAGAAAGCGAGACAGAUGAUUCUGAUGUCAGUGACCAUGUGAAGUCAAGAAAAAGAAGUCGUAGAAAGAGGUCCAAGAAGAGUAGGAAGAGGAGGUAUAGUGAUUCCGAUGAGAGUGAGGAAAGUGAAGGCAAAGGGUUGAGGAAGCGGAGGAGCUCUUCGACUUCAUCAAAAUCCAGGAGCAAGAGAAAAAGACAGUCAGAAUCGGAGAGUAAAAGUUCCUCGUCUGAGGAGAAUUCUGGUUCUGAAGACAUUGAUGAUAAGAGUAAAUCAAUGGUUGAUGGAGAGAAAAUGGCUGAGAUUAAUGCUGCUGAAGCUCUGAAGAUUAAGGAAAUUUUGGAUGCACAAAAGAAACCUGCAUUUGAUAAUGAGAUGCCAGUUGGACCGAUGCCACUGCCAAGAGCUGAGGGCCAUAUUAGCUAUGGUGGUGCUCUUAGGCCUGGAGAAGGUGACGCCAUUGCACAGUAUGUUCAGCAGGGGAAGCGUAUUCCACGGCGUGGUGAAGUGGGUCUUUCAGCCGAGGAAAUUCAGACUUUUGAGACCCUUGGCUAUGUGAUGAGCGGUAGCAGGCAUCAGAGAAUGAAUGCAAUCCGUAUUAGAAAAGAAAACCAAGUUUACAGUGCUGAAGAUAAAAGAGCCCUUGCAAUGUAUAACUAUGAAGAAAAAGCAAAACGUGAGCGGAAGGUGAUGGAUGAUCUCCAGCGGCUUGUUCAGCGCCACAUAGGUCAUGAUGUUGGCCCUUCACAUGAUCCUUUUGCUGCAUAACCUCAUUUGGCGCCAUAUUGAGAUGUGUAUGUAAUCACUCUUAAGGCAGGAACAAAAUGUGUCAUGUAAGGAUAUGUGAAUCACUGCUAAAUAUUGGUAUCCCUUUUAGUUGGCUUAUCAAACAAGCUUUAAGAAAAUAUGUUUUUGUCUUUGACAUGUGUUGCUGAAUCCCUUUUAAAAAGUUGUAUUUAUAGUAGAGUUUGAUGGUUCUAUAUUCAAGCAACUUAGAAAAUAGAAAUUUCCAGUAUUUUACAUGUUUGCAAGGCAGUACUUCACUAGGGAUGGCAUGGUACAGGUCAUACUAUUGACUUUUGGGAGAAUUGUCUAGAGUAUUUCCUUGUAUGAUAAAGUUUCAAUGAUCAAAAUGAGUUCUCUGCUUCGCCUA